AAACAGAUGAGAAAAUAGACAAGUAGAAGUUAAGUGACAUACUCAAAAUUAGAAAUGUAGUACUCAUGUGUAAUCCAAUAUUCUCACCCGGUUUAAUGAUUGCCCCAAGCCAAGUUUUUACCUAUUUGCAUCUUGCCAAAAUGAAAUCAUACUUUGGGAAACAGGUUGUGGUGAUCACAGUUUUGUUGCUUUAACUGAAACCUCAUUGUUUAUUUUAAAAAUUGUAAAGGAAUUUGGUGUUUUCAGGGAGAACCAGCAAUCUCCAUUAAAGUGCAAUAGCCAAUGUCACCUCCAUGUCUUCCAGACUGAUGAAUGUGUCCGGCAGAGAAACCAACUCCGUGAGUCACUUUAUCCUCAUGGGCUUUCCCUCGAGCCCAGAAAUGCAGCUCCUCUACUUUGGGCUCUUCUUAGUAGCCUAUACCUUGACCCUGAUGGGGAACACAGCCAUUGUCUGUGCUGUGCAUUGGGACUGGCGCCUUCAUACCCCCAUGUACAUCCUCUUGGGGAAUUUCUCUUUCCUGGAAAUAUGUUAUGUCACCACAACCAUCCCUAACAUGCUGGCCAACUUCCUCUCCACAAGCAAGUCCAUCUCCUUUGUGAGCUGUUUUGCACAGUUCUACUUCUUCUUCUCUUUAGGGUGUGAUGAGGGCUUCUUCCUUUGCAUCAUGGCUUUUGACAGGUACCUUGCCAUCUGCCGUCCUCUGCAUUACCCACACAUCAUGACUAAACAGCUCUACACGGGCCUCAUCAUCUUUGGAUGGUCGGGUGGAUUCGUUCUUUUCUUAACCCCAGUUGUUCUCAUUUCACAGUUGCCCUAUUGUGGCCCAAAUAUCAUCAACCAUUUUAUAUGUGAUCCUGUGCCGCUGAUGAUGCUGUCCUGUUCAGAAGAUACCACGACACAGUCCAUUUACUCUACUUUCAAUGCUAUCUUUAUGGUUGGCACCUUUCUCUUUAUCCUUUGCUCCUACGCUCUGGUGAUUCUGGCUGUGCUGCGAAUGUCCUCAGCAGCAAGCAAACACAAGGCUUUCUCCACUUGUGCUUCCCAUCUGGCUGUGGUGAUCCUGUUCUUUGGCUCUGUCAUUGUGAUGUAUCUUAGUCCUGGACCUGGACACCCAGUGGAAGUGCAGAAAAUUGUGGCCUUAUUUUAUUCUGUGAUAACACCCCUCUGUAAUCCUCUGAUUUAUAGCCUCAGGAACAAGGAGAUGAAGGCUGCCCUAAGGAAAGUCUUUGGGACUGAAAUACACAGUCAUAAAACAUAAAUCAGAAAUAAGAGU